ACAUCCAACUUCAUUGUUAUUUUAAAUGUAUUGUGUCUGAUCUGUUGUAGAAUAAUGGCAUUCUUCUUUUAUCAAAUGCAUCCCUCUGUGGAUCUGUAGAAGGUAAGGUUCUGUUAGAACAAAAAGCAGAAUGGAAAACUGUCUCUUUGUUUUUGUUCCUUUCAUUUUAAAGGUAAGAACCGAUCUUCAGCAUGUGAUGGAAGCUGCAGAUAAUUUUGUUGCUUCCCAGGUUUCCAUCACCAUCCUGGAUGAAAAUGACAACAGUCCUGUGUUUGACAUAACGUCUGAUACGUCUGUGAGCAUCCCAGAAAACACGGCAAUGGGGAAAAAAGUGGCAGUGGUGCUGGCAAGGGACAGUGAUGCCGGCUUAAAUGGACUGGUGAAUUUCACUCUGGUGGCUGGAAACAUGGAGGAUGUGUUCAAGAUCAAAACGGUGAAUAACAGCUAUGGAGAGGUUUACGUCAACGCUGCUCUGGACCGGGAGUCUGUAGAUCGCUACCUCCUGAAGGUCCGUGCCACUGAUAAUGGUUCACCGACCAGAAACACAGACCACUCGCUGACCGUCAACAUCCUGGACGUCAAUGACAAUGCUCCUGUCAUUGAAAGCCAGCGGGGAUACAACGUCAGCGUGAACGAGAACGUGGGAGGAGGCACCUCAGUCCUGCGAGUGAUUGCUACAGACAGGGACAUUGGUCCGAAUGCCAUGCUGUUUUAUUACAUCACUGCUGGAAACCAGGACCUGACCUUCCGCAUGGACCGCAUGACCGGGGAGAUGGUGACCCGGCCGGCCCCUCCGGACCGAGAGCGACAGCAGGAGUAUCGCCUCAACGUCACUGUGGAGGACGAUGGCAUGCCGCCGCUGUCGACCUCUACCGCCGUCUACAUUCGAAUCGUGGACGAGAACGACAACGCGCCAGAGUUUCCAGAGGAGGAGUAUGUCACGGUGCUGAGCGAGGGACCCGACACAGUGGGGGCCACCAUUGCCACGGUAACAGCCAUCGACCCAGACGAAGGUCUGAAUGGGACCUUGCGGUACGCCAUCGCCCGGGGCAACCUGAUCCAGACGUUCAACAUCAACAGCAUCACGGGGAGAAUAACUGCUGUGAAGGAGCUGGACUACGAGAUCAGCAACGGGCAUUAUGCUUUGGUUGUCACAGCUACUGAUCAGUGUCCAAAACCUGCUCUUCGCCUGACAUCUAGCACAACAGUGUCGGUAAACGUCUUGGACGUGAACGACGUGACGCCGACCUUCCCCAGGCAGUACGAGGGUCCCUUUGAGGUAACGGAGGGCCAGCCGGGCCCGCGGGUCUGGACCCUCAGAGCAAGCGAUGAAGACUCCGGUCUCAACGGCAAAGUGGAGUACAGCAUCACCGGCGGAGAUAACCAGAAUGAGUUCAUGAUCUCUCCUGUGGAGGGUGAGCUUCGGGUGAGGAGGGACGUGGAGCUGGACAGAGAGACAACAGCUUUCUACAACAUCACCGUCACGGCGCGGGACCUGGGAACGCCGUCGCGCAACAGUUCGGUGGUGGUGGGCGUCUUCGUUCUGGACAUCAACGAUAACGACCCCGUCAUCCUUAAUUUGCCCUACAACACCAGUGUGAGCGAAGGUGCGGCGAUACACACCUCCGUGGCCAGAGUUCAAGCUCGGGAUGCAGAUAGCGGACGCAAUGCUCUUCUAACUUACAACAUCACCGCUGGAAACCCGGGCGGAGCCUUCUACAUCAACGACACGUCAGGUGUUGUGCAGGUGAACAGACCGCUGGAUAGAGAGUUGGUGGCGGAGUACACGCUAACCAUCACCGUAAAGGACAAUCCAGAGAACCCCCGCAUCGCUCGCAGGGACUCUGACUUUUUGGUUAUCACCAUUCUGGAUGAAAAUGACAAUAGGCCCGUGUUCACGAGAACCAGCUACAGAGCUGAAAUCACUGAGAACUCACCAGCAGGCAGCACAGUGACUGUUUUAAAUGGGCCUGUUCUGGCUGAAGACAAAGACAUCGGGCCAAAUGCCGUGGUGAAAUACCGACUAUUGGGACCAAGGGUCGACCUCUUCAUUGUUGACUCGAACACUGGGGUCCUAAUGGUGCGUCAGGGAGCAAAGUUGGAUCGUGAAGCCUUCCAGGACCCUCGAGUAGAGCUGAUUAUGGUCGGGGAAGACGUAGGAGGAUUAAACAACAGCGUCCCUCUCACCAUCACAAUCCUGGACCAGAACGACAAUCCUCCUGUCUUCAGCCCGUCGAGCUUCAGCGUCCGACUGCCUGAGAACAGCCCUACUGGAGUUGUGGUGACUCAGCUUUCCGCCACCGAUGCGGACUCUGGCGCCAACGGUUGGCUGAUGUACCGUUUAGAGAGCGGCGCUCAGGACCGCUUUGUGGUUGACCCGAUCUCUGGUGCCGUCCUGGUGGGUAACACCACACUCGACAGAGAGGAGCGUGGGUCGUACCGCCUCGUUGUGAUGGCAACUGAUCGCGGCACGCCCCCUUUGUCCGGUACAGCCACGCUGACGGUUAUUCUGGAUGAUGUUAACGACUCCAGACCACGUUUUAUAGACCCUAUAACCAUUAUUAACGUCAACGAGUCGACCCCACCAGGUGUGGUAGUAGCUACCCUCACCGCUGAAGACCCAGAUCUCAAUCCAAGGCUAGAGUACUACAUCAUCUCAGUGGAGGCAAAGGAUGAUGGGAACAGUCCAGUGGUUGGCUUACAGAACUCCUUUGGCAUUGAUUUACACACAGGUGCAGUAUUUGUUCGUAACCCGCUGAACAGAGAGCUGGUAGCUACGUUUGAGAUAAUUGUGUCUGUCCAUGACAACGCCAGUGAGGUUAUUGACAAGUCCGGCAGUGUUCCUAACGCAAAACUAACGAUCAACAUACUGGAUGUCAACGACAACGCCCCUCGCUUCCGGCCCUUCGGAGUCACCAACUUCACAGAGCAGAUUUUAGAAGGAGCUCAGCCGGGCACAACGCUGCUGUCAGUGUCUGCUGUAGACCCAGAUAAAGGUCCAAACGGUCAGGUCAUUUAUCAGCUGCUGCACCUGCCAAGAGGAGGCUAUGUCAGACUGGAGGACUCUUCCACGGGGAAGAUUGUGGCCAAUCAGACGGUGGAUUUUGAGCAAGUGCAGUGGCUGAAUUUCACCAUUCGGGCUCAGGAUCACGGGACGCCUCCGAGGAGCACCGAGCUUCCGGUUUAUUUACGGAUAGUUGACGUCAACGACAACAACCCAGUGUUUCUGCAGCCGUCCUAUCAGGAACCCGUCUUUGAGAACGUGGACUUGGGAACAACCGUAGUCCGUGUCCGAGCCACAGACGCUGAUUCUGGACUUUUCGCUGUCAUCGAGUACAGCCUUGUGGACGGAGAGGGCAAGUUUGGCAUCAAACCUUCCACUGGAGAAAUCUACAUUCUGUCCCCUCUGGACAGGGAGACCAAGGACCACUACACUCUGACUGCUGUUGCACGAGACAACCCAGGAGGGAGCCCUAACAACCGCAGAGAGAACGCUGUUCAGGUUCUGGUGACGGUUCUGGAUGUGAACGACUUCCGACCGCGCUUCACAAAGCGAGUGUAUAACACCAGCGUGUUUGAGAACGAGCCCAGCGGUACAUCUGUGAUAACCGUCUCCGCCAUUGACCUGGACGAAGGAGAGAAUGCUGCCUUAUUCUACAGCAUACUUGGGCUGCAUUUAGAUGCGUUCUCCCUGGAUCCAAUCACCGGACUGGUGCGUUCACGCCGCCUGCUCCAGUCUUCUGAGCGUUUCAACUUCACGGUUGUAGCGACGGACCAGGGGCGUCCUCCCCUGUGGGGCACCGCAGACCUGAUCAUCACAGUCAUAGACGUCAACGACAACAGACCUGUGUUUGUCAGGCCAGCUAAUGGAACCAUCAUUCAUAUCUCUGAGGAGCAGCCUCCAGGCCUGCCUGUCUAUGAGGUCCAUGCCACCGACUCAGAUGAGGGCGUGAACGGGGAGGUCCGCUACGCCUUCCUGCAGACUGGCGCUGGGAACAGAGACUGGGAAAACUUCCACAUCGACGCCAUAUCUGGAGUCAUCACCACUACGGUGAAACUGGACCGGGAGAAACAAGCCCUGCUCAGCCUCAUCAUCGUGGCCCGUGACAUGGGCCAACCAGUGCCUUAUGAGACCACCCAGCCUCUGCAGGUGGCGCUGUUAGAUAUUGACGAUAACGAACCGGUCUUCCUCAAGCCACCGCGUGGCAGCUUGCCCUACCAGAAGCUGACGGUACCAGAACACUCUCCCUCUGGUACCGUGGUGGGAAACGUAACCAGAGCUGUGGAUGCUGAUGAGGGCUCAAACGCCAUCGUCUACUAUUUCAUUGCAGGAGGAAACAAUGAUGCAAACUUUGGCCUGAGUCUUGAUGGAGAGCUGAGGGUUCUGAAGGAUCUGGACCGGGAGGAGAUCCCGGCCUACUCCAUCAUCAUCAAGGCUUCCAGCAACAGGAGCUGGACCCCUCCCAAAGGUCAGAGGUCACUACGGGCCAAAGCGCUGGACCCUGCUCUAGACCCGAGCCUUCUGGACAUCCGGAUCGAACUCGAGGACAUAAAUGACCAGACGCCACGCUUUGCUAAGACAGAAUACACAGCAGGCGUAGCAGCAAAUGCUAAAGUUGGCUCAGAUCUCAUCAGGUUGGUGGCUACAGAUAACGACAUCGGGAACAACAGCGUGGUCCAGUACCACAUCGUUACGAUCCGCUACUUCCAGACCCAGAGCAACGGCAGCGAGGAUGUGGGCAACAUCUUCACCAUUGGUUUGACGGACGGAAUGAUCCGAACCUACGACCUCUUCACAGCUUACGAUCCAGGCUACUUCCAGCUUGAGAUCUUAGCUUGUGACUUCGCCGGCCACAGUGCCACCACCAAUGUGAACAUCUACAUCCUCCGAGACGACCAGCGGGUCAAGAUCGUCUUUAACGAAAUACCAGACUGGGUCCGUGAGAACCAGGACAAUUUCGUCAGCCUGCUGUCCAACAUCACCGGAGCUAUCGUCAACCUGGAUGACAUUCAGUUCCAUGUGGACAAGAAGGGCAGAGUGAGCUACUCUCAGACCGACAUGCUGAUCCACGUCGUCAACAAUCAGACCAACACCAUCCUGGAUGUGGAAAGAGUCAUCCAGAUGAUCGAUGAGAACAAGGAGCAGCUGAGGAGUCUGUUCCGGACGUACAACGUGGUGGACGUUCAGCCUGCCGUCGGUGACAAACUGCCUGAUGACAUCUCCACCCUGCAGCUGGUGAUCAUUAUCCUGGCCGUGCUGCUGUGCUUGGCGGGGAUUUUGUUUGUAACAAUGAACUGGCAUUAUCGCAGAGUACACGAGAGGAAGCUUAAAGCUAUUGUUGCAGGAUCAACAGGAAACCAAGGUCUAAUGGAUAUUCUGGAUAUGCCAAACACUAACAAGUACUCGUUUGAGGGAGCGAAUCCCGUGUGGAUGGACCCAUUCUGUCGUAACUUGGAGCUUGCUGCUCAGGCUGAUCAUGAAGACGACCUGCCGGAGAACCUGAGUGAGAUCACUGACCUGUGGAACAGCCCGGCGCGCACACACGGCACCUUUGGUCGUGAGCCUCAAGCGAGACCAGAGGACGAUCGCUACCUUAGAGCCGCCAUUCAAGAGUACGACAACAUCGCUAAACUGGGUCAGAUUAUGAGGGAAGGGCCCAUCAAGGGUUCUCUACUGAAGGUGGUUCUGGAUGACUAUCUGAGGCUGAAAAAGCUCUUUGCAGCACGACUCGUCACCGUUUCCACCGGCCAAGGAGAAGGAGAUAAGUCAUCAGUUACUGAGCUGAUCCAGAGUGAUCUGGACGACGACGAGGACGAGAAUUUGGACUUGGGUGGCGGACGCGGCACUCUGCGGUUCAAGCACAAGCUUCCCGUGGAGCUAAAGGGGCCUGAAGGCGUCCAUGUGGUCCAUGGCAGCACAGGCACCCUCCUGACCUCAGAUCUCAACAGCCUGCCAGAGGACGACCAGCGGGCUCUGGCACGUUCUCUAGAGGCGCUGAACGCAGAUGGCGGCUUAUACUCAGAGAGAAACGCUCGCACAGAGUCGGCUAAAUCCACCCCGAUGCACCGUCACAAGGACGGGGACACCCUGUCAGAGAGUCCCCUGGAGAUCACAGAGUUAUGACUAGCCGAGGCCUCGCUGGUCUGAGGCAACUUGUGUGUGUCCUUGUGCCUCCAUCCUCCUGAAAAGGACUGGAGGGGAAGUGUUUGUAGUCUAGGGAAACUCUUCAGCCAGUGCUUCAGUGAAACAUCCUGCAAGAGGACACUCACACUGAGCCGGUUUGACUGGCUCUUUCAUUGAUGAAAAUGGUCACAGCACCAGUUUGUAGUUUUAAUCCACCUGCUGGACCCCCGUCUUCAGCAAGACAAAAGGUUUCCCUUGCAGUUAAAUAAAAAAAUGCUGAGUGAACAAGAUGGAUAGGGGAACAUUUGCUCCAACCAUGACCUUUAACUCAUCUAAAAGGUGCCUCGUUCUCACGAAUCCUUUUGAAACUUAUGCCUGGACUGCAGACACUCACACAAAAACACACACACACAUCAAUCUACACACACUCAGACCAGCAGAUGGCCUCUGAAGGGAAACUGAGAACAUUAAAUAAUCAGGCAGAUUUUUACAGAAUUGCUUUGGCAACAUGAUUAGUCAGUGGUGGUGUGGACGGGAACAGCAAUAGAAGUUUCAAUCGUUUGGAAAUAGAGAAAUUGUUCAUUGUCUUCUUAGUGAUUUUACACAAAUCCCAGAAUGAGGGUGAAGAAGCUCCUGAUGGAAGCAAAACACUUGAAAAACAAUCUUGGGACGUUAUUAUUGAUCUGCACAGAAACAAGACGUUCCAAAUACAUGGUGAACAGAAGAGAAAAACAAGGUUUUAUCAAAAAAAAUAUUUAUAAAAAGCAAAUAACAUUUUUUAUAGACGUUAAGAUGGCAAUGUGCCCAAUGAUUUUACACUGCCACGAGGGGUGAGGUGGGGUACUCAAUGUCAAGCUCAAAGUGAGAAACUUCACUUUAUUUUUAUUUUUCUAUUAAAAAAACAAAAAAAAAAACAUUGAAUCAAAAGAUAUUUUUGAAGAAAAAUGUUGUCUUACCAAAACUGUUAAGGAAGUCAUGUUGGAUGUUUGGCGUAUGAGUAUAUAGUGCUAUGGUGACAUGUCCAUUUGUUUCCCUUGUAUAACAGAUGUUUCUGUUGAGUGGUGUGUCAUGAAAAAAAAAACUUUUUAUACUCCUGUUUGUUUCCCUUUUUCAUUAUUGUUGUCACCAGCCAUGAGAUCUGUGUUGGGAAAUGUUGUGGGAUGAUCUGUGCUAAUUAAAAUAUGCAAAUGGUC